AUGCACACUACUCGCAGUCCUGCGUCCAUCCAGGCUGGAGGGACAGGUGAUGCCCUAGACCUCAGUCUGACAGGUUCCCAGCUCUCCAUGGGUCGCCGGCCUAGCAGUGCAUCUCCAGGGAAGCACUUCUCCCGUUCCAUUUCUGUGUCUGUUGCUAGCGAUGGACGUGGGAAACGCAACACUCUGUCUGAUGCUGGAUUUGGAAGCUCACGCGGCAUCAAGAACUUGAGACGAUCAAACAGUACCACUCAUGUCAACCAACAGGCCAAUGUUAGCCUCAGCUCCGAAGGCCAAGCAGAAGACUUCUUGGCCCUGUUUGACAGUAGCUCGGAAGGCCGCAGGAAGUUGGCCAGCCUGAGCAAAGCGUCGCCAGACCACACCACCUGGAACAUUCUGGAUGACCAGCCGAGAGCCUUUCCCCUGCCAGUCAGUUCACGUAGCACUGGCAGCAUGGACUCUCCUAUCGGACUGAAAAAGAAGGAGGUGGGCAUCGCCCUGGCUGCCAACUUCACUGCCAACAACAGGAGCAAUAAAGGUGCUGUGGGUAACUCAGUGACGCCCAUCCUGCACAACAACCACGCAGACAAACCCCUAACUCCCAAAAGCUCCAACCAGAAACCUUCCUUCAACAACAUCAUCAAAGCCACAGUGAAUGAUGAAGUGAGCCUGGAGAGCAGCUCUCUGACUAAAUCCCAGAAGAACUUCUCCUCAGCGUCCUCCAGCUCCAACAACAACGCUCCCCGCAGCCCAGGGCAACCCCGCAGACGGCAGGUCUCUGAGCAGGAGGCCGAGAGGUUCAUCCAACAGGUGAACCAGGCUGCCAUCACCAUUCAGCGCUGGUACAGACAUCACGCUGACCGACGGCGGGCCAAUGAGGCUGCUGUCAAAUGUCUUCUGGCAUCAAAGAAGAAGGAGAGGGAGCAGCUGGCGGAGAGAGAGGAGGCAGAGUCCCAGAAGAAGAAUGAGGAGGACAGGAAACGGAUCCGACAGGAGAAAGCUCGUCUGGCUCGCCUUGCUGCCAUUCAGGAGCUGCAGCAGAAGAGGGCCCAGCGUGCUGCAGAAGUGCAGCAGACAGCGGAGGAGGAGCUGGAAGCCCUGAGGCGUGGUGGGAAAAUUGGGCGUAAGAAAUCGACCAAGAGUGUACCCACUUCACCAACGGACGUCAAGGCCAAAAACACUGAUUCCAAUGUGAAUGUGGUGACUGAUGGGGAGGAGAUCACCAACCUGAGGGUGGUCUCACCGGCUGUGUCUGCCCGCAGAGGAUCUCAGUCCUCCCAGGACAUCCUGCUGAGGUCUGUGAGUAUGGAGGAGCAACGCCAGGGGGCGCCGUCGAGCAGAGCCCAGUCAAAGACCACCUUGAAUGAACUGCUGGACACACUCAAGCUGCUAGAGGAGGAACCAGAAAGACUGUCUGAGCCCAAGAGUUAUAGGAAGGAAAAGUAUGCCUGGAUCGACGAGGAUGGAGACUCCAACUCCCUCACCACAGAUAACCUCGAACGCCAUGGCCAACUAAGCCAGCCCCGCAUCAUACCAGAUGGGGGCGCUCUCUUGUCUGAGGCCAAACUUCAAAGCAUUAUGAGCUUCCUGGAUGAGAUGGAGCAAUCAGAACAGGAGCCUCCACGAUCAGUCACCUCUGGCUCCCAUAGAGACAUGCUGUUGUCUGAAGAGGAGUUGGCUGGUAUAGAGCAGGCCUCAGCCACAGCUGCAGAAGUCACUGGAUCUAUGAUGAGACUCAAACUGGAACUGGAGGAGAAGAGGCGCUACGUAAACAUGCUGCAGACUGCCCUGGCUCAGCAGAGAGAACUGACAGUUCGUCAUGUAAAGGAAACAGAGAAAGAGCUCAACCGCAACUUCCAACUACAGAAAGAACAAUAUGAGGCCACCAUUCAGAGACACCUGACUUUCAUAGACCAGUUGAUAGAUGAUAAGAAGGCAUUGAGCGAACGUUGUGAGAAUGUUGUGGGAGAACUCAAACAGGUGGAUCAGAAGUACACCAAGAAGAUUGCUCAGAUGCAGGAGCAGCAUGAAAUGGUGUGGCAAAUUCUGGGUCCCUUGUGUGAGGAGAUAAAGAAACUGAAAGAGUUGAUGAGUGCGACGGAGAAGAUCCGACGAGAGAAGUGGAUUGACGAGAAGACCAAGAAGAUCAAAGAGAUCACGGUCAAGGGGCUGGAACCAGAGAUUCAGAAGCUGAUCUCUAAGCAUAAGCAGGAGCUGAAGAAAUUGCGAGUUCUCCAUGAGGCUGAGCUGCUGCAAGCAGAUGGGAGAGCUGCCCAACGCUAUGUCAGACAGAGCGAAGAGCUACGUCAACAGCUGGAGAGGGAAAGAGAUGAACAGUGCCAGAGAGAGAGGGAGCUGGCCAAACAGAGAUUUGAGAAGCAGCUCCAGGAAGAGGAGAAUGCCCUGCAACAACAGAGAAGACGUCUCUACAAGGAGGUGGCUGAGGAGAAGGAGAGACUUGCGCAGUUAUCCACACGGCAGCGUGCUGAGUUGGAGGAUCUGAGGAGACAGUUGGAAGAGAACAGUUCUCUGGCGGGACGAGCCCUUCGGGAGGAGCUGGAGAAGAGCAGAGAGGAGCAGGAGAGACGGCACCAGGUGGAGAUUAAAGCACUUAAGGAGCGACUUGAGCUUGAAAAACAGGCAUGGGAAGAAAACUACAUGAAAAAGGAGGAGGCGUGGCUUCUGAGCCGUGAACGGGAACUGAAGGAGGAGGUGCGUCGUGGGCGGGACAAAGAGAUUGAACUGGCCAUUCAGAGGCUGGAAGAAGAAACGAGUGGUGCUCGUGAGGAGUGUGAGAGAGCCGCUGAAAACCGUGUGAAGCGUGUGAGGGAGAAGUAUGAAGUGGAGCUUCAGGAGUUGGAACGUUCAGAGCGUACUGCUUUGGAAAAACUGAACGAGAUGAAAAAAAGACAGAGCGAGAUGGAGGGAGAGCUCAUGCAUCUGCAGACACUCCUCAGACAGAAAGAACAGGAAGUGCAUGACAUUACCCAGAUGAGAGAUAAGCUGUCAGAGGAGAGACGUAGCCUGGCGGAGGUGAUCAGGCAGGAGUUUGCGGAGCGACUGGUGGUGACGGAAGAGGAGAACAAAAGGAUGAAGGUGGAGAUGUCAGAGCUGAGGGCCCGACUCCGACUGGAAGUAGAACGAGUGACCCGUGAGAAAGAGGAGGAGCUUGCUGAGGUGCACCAGAGAGUGAAGUCGGCUAUUUUGAAGAAGGAGGAGGUAGUCAACAACCUCCGAAAGCAGCAUGAGGCUGCCCUGAAGAGAGCUGAUCACCUGGAGGCUCUGUUAGAGCAGCAGAGAAAACAGCUGCUGGGAAAAUGAGCCAUGCAGACAAGAGGCCUGGGCCUCCGACUCACACGAGAGCCUUCAUCUCCCGCCCUCUCCUCUUUUCUUCCUUUCUGUUUUUCUGGGUGGAGAGCAAGACUCCUCCGAAACAUGCAGCUUAUCCUGA